UUACGUGAGACCAAGAAUCAGUUGGUGUCCCGCUAUGUUGGCGGGUUACGGGCUUCGUUGCGGGAUACAUUGAAUCUUUUCCGUCCGGUUUCAGUUUCGGAUGCUCAUCAGCGGGCCAUUCUAGCGGAGAUACAAGUGGCACAAAAAGUGGGUCCCACUUUUGGGUCUUUUUCGCGACAAGCUGGGGCCUCGGGCGCGGCUUCUUUCCAGCCGAGGCCUGGCCUGGCACCUGGUGGCAGCUUGGGCCAGACGGCGAGUGCUACCCGAGCUUCGGCGACUGGCGGUCCAUCCCAGCGGCAAGGUGGCGGUGGCGGUCAGCCUUUUUCAGCCGCGGCGGCACGUACAGUGGCGGGGCUACGUUGUUUUGGCUGUGGGGAAAUGGGACACCGCCAAUCGGUGUGUCCCAAAGGGGCGAGUUCUCGGGCCCUUUUUACGGAGGAUGGCGGUGAGUUUGAUGGGGCGGACGGAUAUGAGGGGCCUCCGGUUUACGAUACCGAAGAAGCUGUGGUGGAGCAAUUUGUUAGCGGCGAUGUCGGGACGGCAUUGGUGCUUCGGCGCACGUUUUUGACUUCGAAGGGUGCGAGUGUAGCAACUGGCGAGCGGAACCACCUCUUUGAAUCGACUUGCACCAUGGGUAAUAAAAUUUGUCGUUUUAUUAUUGAUUCUGGUGCUUGUGAAAAUGUAAUCUCGCAGGAAGCA